AUGUCUUUAGUGAAAACAUUCCAUACAUCAGAGGGGGUGUUUGAAGCGGGUCCAUCGGAUGUGCUGGGUAAGGGCACGUAUGGCACGGUGUUCCGGGUACGAAAGCGAGAUGACCCUUCGGAGCGUCGCGCGAUCAAGAUUUUCAUGCCGGAGACUUUGGAUGAGAACGAGGGUGUGCCCAGUACGACUUUGAGAGAGGUGAAUGCUGUGAAGUCUGUGGACCAUCCAAACGUGAUAAGUGUAAAGGAGGUUGUGAUGCCGGCCAACGGUUCUCUGACGGAGAUGUUUGUGGUGAUGGAGUUAUGUAGGGGCACCCUGAGAGACAAAGUACAGGAACUGGUGAAGAAACACCUGAGUAAUGAGACGAAGUGGGUACGUCCCUUGGAGUACAGAAACAGUGGUCAUCAUAGUGCGGCGGGCAGUAAUUUGACCGACGUACGGUUACCUUUGGAGUAUGUGAAGGAGGCCAAAAUAAUAUCCUGGCAAAUACUGAACGCCGUGGCUGUAUGUCACUCUCGCGGUAUCAUGCAUCGGGACCUUAAGCCUGCCAACAUACUCUGGUCUGACGAUGAUUUAUUAAAAGUGGCAGACUUUGGACUCGCACGUUUCGUACGCGGAAGACCUACCUCAGACGACCAUGUAGUCCCACAAACUGGAGAGGUGCAGACCAUGUGGUAUCGGGCCCCGGAAGUUCUAUUAGGAGAUGAGAACUACGGCUUGCUGGUGGAUGAUUGGAGCAUAGGCUGUGUUAUUGCCGAAUUAUUCAAAUUCAGAAUUUCAGUCAGCAAUAAGCGAAUAGAGCCUGAGCCUUUAUUCUCGGGUCGUGGUGAUGUACAUACCCUCCUACUAAUAUUUGAGGCCCUAGGUACCUCACCGGUUAUUACAACCAAUCCUACCGUUAGUACAUCAGAAUCCUAUCUUCGCACUUUGCCCUUUUGGAGUGAUUUCUUUCCCCAAUGGACUAACGGUAAUUUAAGACAAAAAUUAUGUCUACUAGAUGAUCUUGGAUAUGACCUGGUAACCAGACUACUUACAAUCAACCCACAAAAGAGAACUGCCUGCAGAUAUCUAUUAAGCCAUCCCUGGUUCGAAGAUGUCAAGACUGACCUUAAACGAUUUGAGCCUUGGUACAAAGCUUUUCAGCAUGAUAUAAUCCGAAUGCUCGAAAUUGAUAGACUACCACCCGCUAGGCCCCUGGAGGAAGUCACAACCACGGAUGGACCCGAUGCUGCCGCUGCUAGACGGAAACGGGGAAAGGAGAAUGUACAGAAUGUCAAUAAACGAAAAUAG